AUUGUUGUCAAUUGCAGGUACUGUCAAUUGUCACUUUACGUGGCCUACCCUUCUUUUAUUGCCUUUCACCCAAGAACUAAUGUUUUCAAGAAACUAAAUAAGUCAUAUUAAUCCAUGGUAUUCAAUUCAUAUCUAAACUGUUAAAUAUAUAUAUAUUACAAUGGGUUUAUGCAAAUGCCCAAAGCGACGUGUAACAAACCAAUUUUGUUUCGAACAUAGAGUUUGUGUUUGUGAGAACUGUAUGGUAACAAAUCACCCCAUUUGUAUAGUUCAGUCUUAUCUACAGUGGCUACAAGAUAGUGAUUAUAACUCAAUUUGUGAAUUGUGCAGUAAAGAUUUGAAUAGUGAAGACUGCAUACGAUUAACAUGUUAUCAUGUAUUCCACUGGUCUUGUUUGGAUCAUUUUUCAAGACAGUUACCACCAACAACAGCUCCCAGAGGAUAUACAUGUCCCUCAUGUAAAAGCCCUUUAUUUCCUGCUUCUAAUUUAAUCAGCCCUGUUGCAGAUGUUCUCAAAGAAAAAUUGGCCGGAGUCAAUUGGGCUAGGGCUGGUUUAGGAUUGCCACUUUUGUCUGAAGAAAGGGAAGUAAAAGCCACAGUAAAUCAUAUGAAUAUGGCCCCGCGUAUAACUUCAAGUCCUUCCCAUUCCAUUGUUUCUAUGGAUGAGGACAAUAGAAUAGGCACCUUUCAGAAUUUUUCUAAUCGUAGAGUGUUUCAAGAUAUUAGAGAUAUUAAACCUGAUCGAUUUGAUCACGAUGAUAACAAGUACAAAAGAAAACCAUUAUCUGAACUUGUUGGAAAUUGGUUCAAGAUAACUUUUGGUGCUCCGCUACGAUCAAGAGGGAAAGUUUCAACAUGUCGUUAUUUUAUAUUGGCAAUAAUGGCCCUGUUUAUUAUUGUAACGUUUUUCUUUUUAAUGUCAAAACUUCGUAGAUAUUCCAUAGAUGAUGAUCCAAAUUUAGACAUUGGACAAAAUGCUUUUAUUAAAGUUGGAGAACAAUAAUUAAUUCCUCUAAAAAAAAAUUAUGUAUGCUGUUUCUAGGAUAUUUAAGUUAAGGUUAUUAAUUGUGUAUAUAUUGUUAAUAAAUGAAAUUUUUCAA